AUAAGACGUGUACUUUGUAUACAAACAUCUAGAUUGUGUAGUGAAAAUGGGACUUUAAUUUACGGAGUGGUGAUUUUGAUACAGGUUUUCUGCAUGUGAGGCAUAGAGGGAGUUCAGUAAAAUGUCUCUUAUCGAAGGAAUAGGAGAUGAGGUGACGAUCCUGGUUUCCAUUCUCAUCAUAUCAAUCACCCUUCUCAUAGCCUGGCUGUCAACCUCGGUCUCAGACAGACCCAACCAAAGGAUCCCCUCCUCUACCAUCGACGCUACUGCAACCGAAGAGUUAAUCAACAAUACAGAUGCCAGAAUUGAAGACGCUAUCUUUGACAGUCGAUGGAGUGGCGGAACGGAGAGUGUCAGAACAGGACCAAGCGCUCCGACAAACUCAAGUGCAGUGAAUUCUAACUCUACUCAGGAUGAUUUGGUCGCCUCAGAGAGCAUAGAUUCAGUUUCAGAACCUGUAGCCAGUAAAGAUAAAGAAUCUUCAAACAGAACUAGUUUGGACACUCCUCAGGACUCGACGGUGAAAGAAACUCCAGCGGCAAAUGUAGUUAGGAACAGAUUCACAGGACAAGUUUCCGAACUUCAAAGUAAUACUAUUCAAUCCUCCAGUACUGAUUCAAACGGCCAAUCACAAGAUGCAACACAAACCGAUGGUGAAGGCAACCAAUCAGAUGUUGUUUCUGAUGAGAGCCAAAACAAUCAAGGAGAUAUGGGCCAAUCAGAGGAACCAAUACAUGCUGAAGGACAAGACCAAACUGCAGAGGGCAGUAUUUGUAUUCGUAUCAAGUAUUUGACUGAUAGGGAGAGAGUUGUCAACGCAAAGCCAACAGACACCCUUGGGAAUUUUAGGCGGCAAACAUUUUCUGAAGAAAUCCAGUCAGGCCAGACCGUUCGUCUCAUCUUUCAGGGGCAGCUCCUUCAAGACGAUAACACUUCCCUCUCCGACCUCAACGUGACCCAUAAUUGCGUUGUACACUGCCAUCUGUCCCGGGGUGUAGCACCCUCAACGGUGCGUCAAGACGUUCAAGAAGCAGAUAUAGAUCUCGGCCGAUUCAUGAUUCCUCUCUUCACAAGCAUUCUGGGAUUUGUUUGGUAUUUACGAUGGCAGUAUAGGUAUAUGUUUAAUGCUACGUCAACGUUGUCACUAGUUGGUGUGACUACACUGUUUGUGUUAGCCGUGCUUGCAAGCUGGCGAGGCUGAUUUAUAGUAGUCUUUAGUCCAAUGUCACAUGAAAUAACUACACUACAUAUAGUUUCGUGGCCUGUCCUGGCGCGGAGCGGUCUAGUUCCCCGGACCCAAGCUCUGAUGUUGUCAGCAGCAGAGUGUGGGUAAGAAUCCCAGUCAUGACACUCGUGCUCUUGGGUAGGGCACUUAACCAUAAUUGCUUCACAAAAAGUUGUGAAGGUAUAUCAUUCUGCUCAACCAACCAGGCUCCUAGUGGAUGAUACCCAUGCCAUCAUCCUUAUGGACUGUGAAUGGGGUAA